AUGGGGACAUCGGCUUCGUUUGAAGCCAGGACGAAGGUCUUCUGCAUGCUUUUGCUCCUCUUGCUCUGCUGCUUUGGAGGCAAAUGUGAGCUCCAGGAAUCAAAACCUUCAGCGACAACCACCUUAAAACCUUUAGAGAAUGAAUUCAAUAAGCCCCAGGCCUUCCCCGACGAGGAGGCGGCCAGCCUUCCUGUGUUUACCAUGGACUACCCUCGGAUCCAGGUCCCCUUUGAGUUUACACUGUGGGUACUGCUGGCCUCUUUUGCCAAAAUUGGUUUCCACAUUUACCAUAAAAUCACCAUCUGGAUCCCAGAGUCGUGCCUCCUGAUCUCCAUCGGCCUAAUCGUCGGAGCCAUCAUGCACUCAGUGAAAGAGGAGCCCCCCGCUGUGCUCAACUCCAACGUCUUCUUCCUCUACAUGCUGCCCCCCAUCGUCCUCGACAACGGCUACUUCAUGCCCACGAGGCCGUUCUUCGAAAACGGCGGCACGGUGCUGUGGUACGCCGUGGUGGGAACCCUGUGGAACAGCAUCGGCAUCGGGCUUUCCCUCUUCGCCAUCUGCCAGUUUGAGGUGUUUGGAGUUCAAGAUAUCAACCUGCAGGAGAACUUGCUUUUUGCCUCCAUCAUCUCGGCUGUGGACCCCGUGGCUGCUCUCAAUGUGUUCGAGGACAUCGGAGUCAAUGAGCAGAUAUACAUAGUCAUAUUUGGAGAGGGACUAUUCAACGAUGCAGUCACUGUGGUGCUUUACAACAUGUUCACCUUUCUGGCCGACCUGCCGGUUGUUGAAUCCACCGAUGUGUUUUUGGGAGUGGCCAGGUUCUUCGUGGUGGCGGCUGGAGGCUUGCUCUUUGGCCUCUUGUUUGGAUUCGUGGCUGCGUUCACCACACGUUUCACCCACAAUGUCCGUCAGAUCGAGCCCCUCUUCGUCUUCAUGUACAGCUACCUGGCCUACCUGGUGGCCGAGUGUUUUUCCAUCUCCAGCGUGUUGGCCAUUAUAACAUGUGCCAUCACCAUGAAGUACUACGUGGAGGAGAACGUGUCCCAGAGAUCCUGCACCACCAUCCGCCAUGUUGUCAAGAUGCUGGCCACCGUGUCCGAAACCCUCAUCUUCUUCUUCCUGGGUGUCGUUACCAUAACCACGGAGCACGAGUGGAACUGGGCCUACAUCCUGUUUACGCUGCUGUUUGCCUUCGUCUGGAGAGGGUUUGGCAUCUUGGUGCUGACCCAGAUCAUCAACCCGUUCCGUACCAUCCAGUUCACCUUCAAGGACCAGUUUGGCCUCGCCUACGGAGGCCUGCGAGGGGCAGUCUGCUUCGCCUUGGUCUUCACGUUGCCCGAUACCAUCAACAGGAAGAACUUGUUCGUCACAGCUUCAAUUGCCGUUAUUAUAUUCACCGUUUUCCUACAGGGCAUCAGCAUCCGUCCCAUAGUAGAAUAUAUGAAGAUCAGGAAAACCAACAAAGACCUGAACACCAUCAACGUAGAGGUUCAUUCCAGGGUGAUGGAGCACGUUGUUUGUGGUAUCGAGGACUUGUGUGGACAAUGGAGCCACUAUUACUGGAAAGACAAGUUUAAGAAGUUCAACGAUCAUGUUUUGAGGCGCAUCCUGAUCCGAGACAACAGGGCGGAGUCCAGCAUCGUGGCUCUGUACAAGAAACUGGAGCUGCAGAACGCCAUCGGGUUACUGGACACACCUAUGGGAGACAUCAGUGCGGCGCCAUCCAUCGUUUCUCUCUACGACGAGAGGAAGGAAGCGUCUCGACCCAAGAAGAAGUUCCUGGCUGCUGACGUGAGGAAAAUGCACGACAUCCUGUCAAACAACAUGUACAAGAUCAGACAGAAGACGAUGGCUUACACCAACAAAUACAAUCUGCCCGAUGACACUCGAACCAGGGAGAUUCUGAUUCGCCGCCACGCGAGCAUCAGACGCAGCCUCCGUGCUGAAAGUUUCCGCGAUCCGCCUUCACAAAACAUCGGCAAGUCUCAAAAGUACUACUCCCUCCAGCCUGGAGGGGAUCUGGAGAAUGCCUUUGCCCUCAGAAGACGAAGUCAUGGUGCAAGUGGCUCCCAAUCCUCCUCAUCGCGUUCUCUAGUCCCCAUGAGGAGGUUGAAUACCAUCAAGGAGUCUGGAAGUGCAGGGAAGCAGCCGGCUGCUUCCGCCCACCCGCACUCACCACCUCCUGGGGUGGAUGUGUUGGAGGAAAGAGAGCCUGGAAGUCUUGCAGGUCCGAGCCUCAUAGGCAGGAGGGUUCCUGCAUCCAGGAGUCACAUUUCAGAUCAGAUAGAUGGAGAUGAAGACCCCGAUGAGUCUGAACAUACAGGAGAAAGGGAGGAAGCUCCAGAGCCACCACGUGGCUGGGUACCAGACAACCAGGGUCUCAGGAACAAUGGGGCAGGAAACCCUCUCCUAAGACCCCCGUCACAGGGGGCUUGGGGCUCGGAUCAUUAA